GGCCCAAGUUUUGACGGUACGUUUCGCAGUCGCCACGGACAACGUGGCCCUGACCCAUUCACCGGUUUGCUUCUUUUUUUAAUUUAUUUUUUAUUUUCCUUCUUUCUACUUCGGCUGGGGCUGAUCCAGAUAUAGAAGCCGUUGACCACUAUGGAUGCAUACACACUCCAGCCUGGUCCUGCAGGGGGCCAACCUUCGUUCUUCUAUUACAACCCCGAUCCCGAUGCUCACCCGGGACAGCAUGGCUAUUUUUCAACCCACCCAGCCGAAAUGCACCCAGCAAACAACCAGCCAAUCUUUACCCACGAUCAGUAUUGCCCGCCCCAGCAACCGCAGAUCUCAGAACAGCACCACCUGCUCCACCAGCCAGGACCAAUGCAGCCCAUCGCACCGAAGAACUUCCUCAACGACGAAGCGAUGCUGAGCCCAAGCGUGUCGCCGCGACCGCUUCAUAUCAAACCAAGCAUCCUGCUUCACGGUUCUCCGGGAAUCCUCCCGAUCGACACCAACUGCAUGACGGAUUUCCAUACGUUCCCAUCGACACCUCCGUUGUCCACGUCGGGAAGCACGAUCAGCAGCCCUCCGUCGAGCUGUGGGAUGUUGCACACCCCUGUCAACGGUGGGUUCUACCGCAUUGAAGGCAUCGAGGGCGUGAAAGAAGGAUGCGAGGGAGAUGUGACAACGGAAAUCUUAGCCAGUGGUGACUGGACACGGUCUCAUUCCCCACCAUUGACACCUGUUUACAUCCAUCCUCCUGUCAAGUCUGCAUCUCCAGCUAGCCAAACCGUUAGCCACAACAGCGAGGAGGGUUUCUCCCAGGUGUCCACAAACAAUUCUUGCCCCUCGCUUUCUCCAUCCCCGUCCCCGGUCCUCACGUCCUUGACUUUGAAUGAGACAACAUCAGCCUCUCUUCCACCACCCCAGUGCAGCUCGGAUUUCUGUGAUCCCCGUCAAUUGACAGUGGAAUCAUCAGUCUUUUCUGGCUCCGACUUCCCGCCACUCCCGUCCCUCAGCUCCAGCGAAGACGAAGACAGUGAAAAAUUCCUUCUCAGCGUAGUUGGCGCUUCGGAGAAUUCGGACGGUAACGCAGCCAACAGCUUCACCAAUCCAAUCAACACUGUGCACGCAGUACCCUCCUUGCCCUCAUUUGAGAGUCUUUCGGACCUUGAUUCCGACGACGAAUUUGUGAGCGGAAUCGUCAAUUUCACCGUGUCCGACGACACAUUCUACGUGGGGGACAAGCGCCGACGAAUUGCUCUAUAUCCAUCUGAUGAUGAUGACCUGAUCAGCGAACAAAGUCUAGAAGAUUUGGAGGAAAACGAACUUCUUGCUCAUCCAGAUUUGCACAUUCUCGAUUCCGAAAUGCCACAGCCAAGCCCGACCGAGGUCGAGCCAACGAAAGCAAAGAAACGCUCAAAUUCACGGAAGUCAACGAAACGCUCGACGUCGUCCGUGAGCAACGAGCGCAAUGCGAUUCUCUACGAGACUGAAGGUAACAUGAACGCAGACAAUGCCAACGGAGAUGCAUCGGCCACCCAGCCUCAACAACAGUCUGGUUCCCCCAACCAAGAGAAUUCCGGACCUAAACCUCCCUCUGCCAAUGCUCCCGGAGCUCCUGCACAUCCCCCAGUUGUCCCCGUCAGCCGUCGCGGUCGCAAGCAAUCCUUGACAGACGAUCCUUCUAAAACAUUUGUGUGUUCUCUCUGCUCUCGUCGCUUCAGACGCCAGGAACAUCUCAAGCGCCACUAUCGUUCACUCCAUACUGAGGAGAAGCCAUUUGAAUGUACAGAAUGCGGGAAGAAGUUCUCUCGCAGCGACAAUCUCGCUCAACAUGCGCGAACCCAUGGAAAUACUUCUGUCCUUAUGAAUGUUGUACAGCCGCGGGAAGCUCGCCCGCCCCCUCCGCCUCCUACGGCCCCGGCGGGCCCUGCACCCGCACCUCCAACGUAUGAACAGGACGCCGGCGCACUGGGAGCUGUGCUUUAUGAAGCCGCACGCGCGGCUGCAUAUCAGUCGACCACGAGCGAAUCGUCUGAUAGCAGUCUCUCUUCUCCCCGAAGCGUCGAGUCCGACCGCAAGCGGCCUAUCAAGAAGCGCAAGCGGGAGCAGUCUGGAUGAUUUUUCACAUCUUCUGUAUGAUAUUUCCCUGUUACUAGCAUCCCCUAGACUGAUAUCUAUAUCUGUCUAUCUGCAAUUGUCUGGUCCAGGCCAUCUCAUGAAAUGAAAGAAAUCAUCUCUCCGUCCCCCUUUUUCGGUGACAGGGAUAUACAGGCGUCAUAGGUGUGGGCAUUUGGAGCAUCGUUUUUACUUGGACCCAACUCUGCCGUUGCGAGUUGGGCGCUGUUUGGCAUUACCUCUCGAGGAACUCUACUGGUGCUUUGUUUUGAAAGAAAGGGUCAUAAUAUACGCUGCAUCAUUCUACACUAUAGACAAGGGGCUGGAGGAAAGGAGUUCUUGGGAUUAUUCCUUAUUUUUUUUUUUUUUUGGUCAGUCGAAACACACCACCAUCCUCGACUGAUGGGCGGGUGGACUAGGAAACGGGAUAAAGCGACGGAGCAAGUUACUCAAAUCAUAAUAGCCAUUGUUUUUGUCUCCUCCAUCAUAAUCUCGUCGUUGUCAUUGCUGUGUUUGCGUUGAUACUGUUAUUGGCAUCUGCGUUGGAUUGGCUAAUGGUUGCGUUUUUUCCUGUAGAUCUAUUACUUUUCUUUUGUGUCCAGCCGUUGAUCCUCACAUCUGUGAUGACUCUCCUCAUCUUUUUAUUAACUUUUUUUUUUUUAUUUUUCUAUUUCUUUAUUUUUUUUUGCUCUUCUCACUAUUUUGCCACUUUGUGGACUCCCCUUUCAUUUCUUCUCACUUCUGUUGUAUAAUAUUCCCCUUUAAUCACUUUUGUCCUUGGUACCAAAAUAUUCCAAUCCGCCCUGCCCUUCUGGCCUUUUCUUUAUGUAUUCUCUUCUCUCUGGCCUGAUUCCCAAUCAAGCUUGUCUGAUCCUGAACCUUCUUAUGUGGCUGGCCACGGCCUCCUUUUCCUUUUUUUUUUUUUUGUCUUUCACUUCAAUUCGUCAAGACAACUUUGUCUUAUUCUCAACUGAAUUUUUUUUCUUUUUCUCUUUUUUUUUCUUUGCCUUAUUGCCUAGUUAUUACUCUUCGAUCUUUGCACGUCUUGUUUAACACCCUUUUUACUACUAGCAGUUUCGAGCUUCCGAUGAGUGUCUCUCCAGGUCAUUAGAAAUCUAGAUAUACCCAAAAAAAAAAAAAAAAAAAAAAAAAAAAAA